AACUGUAGCUUUGCAAGAUGCUCAAGACUGAAGCGUAGUGAAAGGAGGUCGAAGUGGAGGUGAUAAGUUGUUCAACUAUUCUGUCAAGACACCGCUGUAACAAGGAGGUCAGUUUGGAAAGCUGCACCGACCAUUGGUGGUGGACGGACCGUUUGCGGAUGUGAGGAAGAUUCAGCUUUGACUAGGGCCAGUAGGGGACAUAUUGCCACUAGGCAGCAGUCCGUCGCUGACAGCGCUCAGGUAUGGAGCCAGUGCCGGUGCCGCACAUGCCGGAGACGGCGAGGGCAAGUGGAAAGACGACGGACAAUGACACCGCCGCCGUCGGUACGUCGGAUGCCGACAACACCACCACCAGUGCGGCGGCCCCGGCCCAUUCUUCCAGUGAACGCAGGCCCAGCUUGACCACCGCAGUGGCGAGCGCCUCCUCGACGGGCUGCGUCGUCGCUAGCAACUCGCCACCGCAGUCUAGCCAGCAACUGCAGCGGCGGCAGUCCCGCGGCAGCACUCACCGCCGUGCCAAGUCGGACCCGAUCAGCGACGCUGACAAGAUCUCGAUCCGCUCUGGUGAGGUCGGCGGGGACACGGUGGCGAUGGACGACCUGCUCGUUCCUGCGGGCGCCAGCGCUAGCGAUUCCGACUACAGCGGUCGGCCGCUGUCCAUUCCGGCAACAGCCGGCGGUAGCGACGACGACCUCGUGCAGAUCGGAGACGGCGCGUUCGUCAGCCGACGUGUGUACGACCUGAGCCGAGCCGCGGCCGUGUCCAACGACCGGAGUAUGGCGGCCAUCCCGGGCAUGUCCAAGCUGCUCAACUUUGCCGGCCGCCUGCCCAACCUGCCCACGCGCCAUCGCAGCGACAACAACAGCACCACCAGCAGCAGCGGAGGUGGCACUGGCAGUAACAGUGGCGGUGGUAGCACUCGUCGACUGAGCUCCGCGAUGAGCUCCUUGGUGGACGACAUCCCGGGACGGCGCAGCAAUGUCCUCUCCAAGCUCUCGGGCGGUUUAUUUGGCCGGCCGAACGGGAGCAACAUGGAGAGCGCCGCGGAUGCCUACACGCUUUCAAACAAUGGCCUCGAGCAGGAGAGCGCUGGAGACGGCGUCGAAUUGACCGAAAGCGAUGCUGCGGUUGUCCGGGGCUCGGUAAUGCGCCCACGUUCUAUUAGCGCCAGUGCCAGCGUACCUCGCUCCACGCUGAUGUCGUCACCCGUCUCCCCCUCCACUGCUCCCGACGGCGUGUUCCCGGCGGUGGACAGCGUUCCCGCCGCCGCGCCCGUCAUGUACACGCAUUCCAUAUCCGUGCCGGCUGUUGCCAGUUGUGGCGUCGACACCGGCAGUUGUGUCGUCUCCUCCGGCUCUCCGUCCGCAGCGGGCGAAGUCGCUUUGGCCGGCGAUUUCUCCAAUGACCUGGAUGGCAUGCUAGACGUCAGCGACGACGAAGACGUUGACCUCGACUGUCCGUGCACGGUUGCUCCUGCCGAGACCGUUCUCCAGUCAAAGUCCGACUCCAGCCUGUCCACCGGGGGCGCGAGAAGCAAGCUCACCGAGCACCUGGUGCGGCACCGUUCUUACGACGACAUUCCCCAGUCAUCUGCCGCCGCUGCUGCUGCAGCGGAAUGCGGCGAAUCUCCGGAUGCUGCUGGAGCCGGCGCCGCCAUGAUCUGUGCGGUUGAGCGCACGCCCAGCGGAAAGUCCCUGCAGCAUCGCUCUCACGCUGAGCGCGUGGCACUAACUGCCACGCAGCCAUUCCGCCGAGUCCUCAAGCAGCUGAUGAAGCGUAGCAACUCGGACGGCGUCAGUCCGCCGAAACUACCCCAGUCUCACGGCCAGGUGACCGCGCAUGAAGCAACAACACCGGGUGAUACCUCGGCGGUCAUUGGCUCACAGGAAGCCCUGGCGUUCAGUGACUCCGAAAGCCGGAUGCCCUCCGGGACAUCGCCUCGCAAAGCAGUUGCCUCCGUUUCGUCGUCGAAGCUGCCUCCUCACUCGGCACCGGUUAGCCAUCGACGCUCGACAAGCUUCAGUGGACGCCUGCCGUUCCUGGCAAACGGCCGUGGGCCCGCCGAGCUCAGUAUCCGCGACCUGGUCGAUUCGGGCUGCAGCAUCACGGCAAGCGCAACCAACAGCGACUCUGGAAUGUCGAUCGAGCGGGAGUUCUCGUCGCUGACUAUUCGCUCGUCGUCGUCUGAUCACCAUGGUGAUUCGAUCGCCGCCGCAGUGUCGAGUGAUUUGUCGCCCGCUCGCAUGCCCGUCACCGUAACGGGUGCCACGCCACCGAGCAGUUCGAAGUCCAGCAUCGAAAGUAGCCCGCACCACAUGCCACACACGGGACAGCAGCGGCGGCAUUGUAUCCUACAGCAGCGGCAUACGGUCGUCACGUUCGGGCCCGUCACCACGGCCGCCACCAGCAGCAGCGAAUCCUCGCCGAUCCCGGCCACUGGUGGCAGCAGCAGCACGGAUCGCCCGACACCAGUGCCGACAGCAGUAGACGAGUUGACAUCGCAGCAGCGCGUGACGGCGGUGGAGUGCUCCGAAACGGACGCGUUCGAGUCCAGGACGGAGCGCAACGCCAACGGCUGCAAUGGCGUGCGCUUACGCCGACACGGCAGCAAUGCCUCGCAAGCGUCGGUCCGAUCAAGGCGAUCCUCCGCCGGCAGCCUAGACGGAAAGUCUCAGCCGAGGACGCAAUCCAGAGCUCAGCAGGCAACGUUCUUCUCGUCCGCAACACCGGCUAUUACCAGUCUCUGGCGACCUGUGUUGCAACUACUAAGCGUCGGCUCGGUGAUGCAGGGUGCGCUGGCAGCCUUGUUUAGUUGGGUGACGCGGAAAGGACCGCUGCCUCGUUCAGCUGUGCUUGCUGUUAUAUUCCUAGUGGCAUCGGUAUGCAUGGUACUCAACUGGAGAUUGCUGUCCGCCCGUUCACAGCAGUGUCAGGCGUCUUCUCUAGAAACUAUGUAUGCAAGGGUGGAGUCAGUUGAGGACUACCGGCGUCUGUUACUAAUGGAAGAUGCUCAAUACAGGAGACGGAUAGAAUACCUGAAGUCAUUACUUCACGAGACUGAGUCGGCUCUGAAAGAAGUCCGCUACAGUCUGGACCAGACGUCUCGCCUGUCCUCGGCCGACAAGACGGGGAGCGGUGAUGCUGAGCAGCGCGGUGUAUCUGGCGCCUGUCAGUGCGAUGGCGAAUCUGGCUCUGUUCCUCUAGCUGACCGACUGCAGUCUCGCUACACCUCUCACCGCCGACAAGGAGCAGAAGGGCCGUCUGUGACCCCACGGGCAUUGCCGGGCGACACGGCAUCAGCUGACGGUACACGUGCGGCGGGUUUGCCGUCAUCAGCGAUAAAGUCACAGCAAGCCAAUGCAACCCCCGUAUCCUAACCUGAACUGCUCUAUCUGCAGAAGCAUGCGACACAUGUCAUGCUCCAGUCAGAUGGUGUCAUUAUGAUGUCAUGAUCUGCUCCAAUGACAUCAUAGUGUUACACUGUGGGUGCUGUGCUCUGGCCAGGCUUUGUCUGGACACACGUAACCGCGGCGUGUAGGUAUUGAUCGUGCUGUUAGCGGAGUCCUACAGUGAUACCGCCGACUUGAGCCUGUUGUGAUGGGUAGGUACCACCUCGCGUACCUCCACAGCGCGCAGCGCCCCGACCAGAGUGUUGUGCUGCAGCUGCGUCUCUAGCUCAGUUGGAACCCAGGGUGUGGGUGUGCUGCCAUGUUUCCUACACUCAUCGGCGUACUACCCGGCAUGGCCGACGUGCCCCGUUUGGUUAUGUGUGCGUGGCACGGGGCAACAUCUGCUGGCCCACGUCUGAUGGCAAUGUCAGUGGGUGCUGCUGAUCUGGCCGAGUCCGUUACAACCACUGGUAUUUGUUGGUCUUCAGCGACCGACGGUGGCCUCCGUGUCAUGUGUUUGUUUGGGGAUACUGUUCCGUUCCUGCUCUACCUCUGCUGCUAACAAUGUGCUGUGCGAAGCUGACCUCUGUCUGUCGCUCAUCGUUGUUCCUCGCACGUUUUUGUCGUCCUCUCUAGAAGUUCUCUACCUCUGCUGCUAACAAUGUGCUGUGCGAAGCUGACCUCUGUCCGUCGCUCAUCGUUGUUCCUCGCACGUUUUUGUGUCCUCUUUAGAAGUUCCAGCCGAACGUUAAUGUUUUCGUUUUUGUCUACUCUUGUUUUUAUUUUCUAAAUAUUCUCUCAAUGACGGCCGGCAUGACGACGUGCUGAAUGAUCCCAGCAACCCGUUCUGUUUUUAAUGCGGCGUCUCUCUGCAAGUUCUCUCCGUUGCCACUUGCUGGUUUGGUGUGCCGUGGAGUGACAGGAGCGCAAUGCCCCCCCCCCCCCCAUGCACUACUACUAUCCGUCCUAAGUUAAUUUGAUGAGCACGUCCCCGUACUGGCAGAGCCCCGUACCGACCUCCGCGCACCCAGCUCUCGCCCUUAAUCUGGACUUGAUGCCUUUUUAUCUUUUAUCCUCAAUUUGACUGCUGGCUCUGGUAGCUUCUGGCAGCUCACUUCCAGUUUAUUCUACUCUCCGUUUUAAACCAUCUGAAUUUAUGUUUAUUUCCGCCAAACCCUGGCCGUGAAUGGUCUUCGGUGUUGAGAGACUGUUUGACUACGACAGUAUCUUCGACUCUCACUCAGAUAUAUAUACAUGACUCAUGUAUGUUGUCAGUUUUCUGUUUUUUUUCAAGAUUCAAGAGCCAUACGAAUAAUUCAAUAUUCCGUAUUUUUA